AUGAGACUUUCUAUCUUGCGUCGUUCACUUCCAUUCCAGCUAACACCAUCUCAGGUUUUGCUAAAAGAGAAGUUGGACGACUUAAGAAAAACCAUUGAGGAUUCUAAAGAUGGCGCAUUUUGUAAGAGGUUCAACAAGAGCAACCCUCCCGGUAUAAAGGGAUUAUACAUUUAUGGAGGAGUAGGAAUGGGUAAAACAAUGAUAAUGGACAUGUUUUAUAAGGAUUUAAAUGUUUCCAAACUAAGAGUCCAUUUUCACGAAUUCAUGAUAGAUGUUCAAAGGGAACUGCAUAAACAUAAAAGGAGCGGAUCCACAGAAUCUUCUCUAGAGAAAGUCUGCCAAGACAUUUCCAAAAAAUGCAAAGUACUUUGCCUGGAUGAAUUUAACGUUACACAUAUUUCAGAUGCAAUGAUACUCAAGGAGCUUUUUACUACACUAUUUAAAUUGGGAACUAUACUGAUAUCUACAUCAAACCGAGCCCCUGAAGAGCUUUAUAUGAACGGUUUAAAUAGGAGUAGAUUUUUACCAUUCAUACCGGUUUUGUACGAAAACUGUCAAGUUUUUAAUCUCCAGGGACAAGAUUUCAGACAGGCAGCCAGUAAUAUAAAAUCAAAGCAGCAGGUUUAUUUUGUUGGCAUAGAUAUGGAGAAGUUCCUUGAAAUGCACAAGGAACUGAAUAAAGAUUCGUUCGGACCAGGAGAUGCUACUAAACGAAAUGAAUCUCUCCAAAUUACCCCUCUUCGGAGCGUGAAUAUUCCGAUAUCGCAUGGCAGUGCAGCCUUUUUUAAUUUUCAAGAUUUAUGUGGUUCUGAGACCAAAGCAUCUCUUGGAACGGACGCUUUUAUGACCAUUUCAUCAAAGUUUCAUACCAUAUAUAUAUCUCAAGUACCAAAGUUUGAUGCAAGUCUACAGUUGGAUGGAAGGCUACGCAGUUUUAUGUUACUAAUUGAUAUCUUGUAUGAAAAGAAUAUCAAAUUAGUGUUGUCUCUGGAAGGUCCGGUACUCUCUUUAUUUGGCUUAUACGGAAUAAUUAAGAUUGCUGAUAGAUUUCAAAAAUAUGUUGAUCUAUCAAAGCUGCCAAAGGUCGUAACGCUGAAGGAUUUUAAAGAACAAGGAACUAGAUAUGGUAUGCCAGAAGCUGAUUCCGAGCGAUUAUACAAUGCAAUCUUGGAACCGAAACAAACGGAACUGACUCUUGAAUAUAUCAAUACUAUCCUGGAAAAUCACGAAACCUUACUAUCGGGGAAAGAACCAAAACGACCUGGGCUAUACAGAUUUGAUGUGUGCGAUGAUAGUGCAUUAGAAAACGAAUUUGCCUGUUCUCGUACAUUGUCUAGGCUUUUUCACAUGUCAUCCCAGGACUAUCUGGAUAAGCAUUCGCGGCUUUUUAAAUAA